UCCGGUUCCUAUUCCAGGCCGAUGGAGUUCAACUUGCUCACUGAUUCAGAGGCCCACAGUCCCAAUCUCUCCCUCUCAGAGUCGGGGACACCACAACAUGAGCACAGCUGCAAGGGGCAAGAGCACAGCGACACAGAAAAGUCACAGCAGAACCAGACUGAUGACUCCAAUCCUGAGGAUGGCUCCUUGAAAAAGAAGCAGCGCAGGCAGAGAACUCACUUCACUAGCCAACAACUCCAGGAGCUGGAAGCCACUUUCCAGAGGAACCGCUAUCCGGACAUGAGCACCCGGGAGGAAAUUGCUGUCUGGACCAACUUGACUGAAGCCAGAGUCCGGGUGUGGUUUAAGAACCGCAGAGCCAAGUGGAGGAAGCGGGAAAGGAACCAACAGGCCGAACUCUGCAAGAACAGCUUUGGAGCCCAGUUCAAUGGACUGAUGCAGCCUUACGAUGACAUGUACAGCGGCUAUUCGUACAACAGCUGGGCCACCAAAGGCCUUGCCACCAGCACCCUGUCGGCAAAGAGCUUCCCCUUCUUCAACUCAAUGAACGUCAGCCCCCUCUCGUCGCAGCCCAUGUUCUCCACGCCUAGCUCCAUCGGCUCCAUGCCCAUGCCUUCAUCCAUGGUAGCUCCCUCCACAGUGACUGGCGUGCCAGGCCCCAGCCUCAACAACCUCAACAGCCCCGGCCUUAACUCUGCCGUUUCCUCCAGUACCUGCCCAUACGCUUCCCCAGCCAGCCCAUACAUGUACCGGGACACGUGCAACUCCAGCCUGGCUAGCCUGAGGUUGAAGGCCAAACAACAUGCCAACUUCACCUAUCCGGCAGUGCAGACAGCAGCCUCCAGCCUCAGCCCUUGCCAGUAUGCUGUGGACAGGCCAGUAUGAAGGACUAGGACCCUUUACCACCCACCCAACCCCGAUAAUCAGGAACUUGGCCGUUAGCCCGACAGCCACACCCAGACCAACCAAAUUCCAGGAAGAUGUUCUUCGUUAUGACCAUGCUAUUAUAAACUUUCUGACUUCUCUCUUUUGUUUUUGGUGAAAGUAGACACAACCACUCAUCGAAAGCCCAUUUGGGAAAGAGGACUUUUCUGCCAGGCUCUGAGGUCAUUGUCAAUCCGGCGCUGUAAUGCGAUAGCUCUCGGCUUGCUCCUGCUCCGGUCCGAGAACAGGCAACCCGUUCGUGCAACAAUACGGAGAAAGGGAGACCCAGGAAAGGGGGGAGGGACAACGGUGCAGCUGCUGAUUCCACUCACAACGUAUGUCUGUGCGCCGCGGCGAUUUGCAUGCCUGGCAACACAAAACCCUCCGAGGUCUAAACGCUGUGCUGGAAAAACCACAGAUCGGUGCAUUGAGGAUUAGAUUUCUUUCACGAAUGUUUGCACAAUGUUCUGUCUCUUCUUCUUCUUCUUUGCAGAUUUCGGCCUUUUGUAGUUGAGAGUCGGCAAAGGAAGAUGUGGUUAUGGAAGAGGGAUUAUGAGCCGUGCGUGGGGAGGGUUUGGGACCCAGCUGAAUGGAGAGAUCCACUCGGGCACUAUGAUCAGAUCCUGCCCCCCGAUUUACACUGGUUUCUAAGACUACAGCAGAAGCUGCAGUGCUAGCAGGUCGCCAAAAGGGAUACAGAACUUUGACUUUAGCAAAAAAACAAAACAGUGACAACCGAGAGCUGCAUAGUUCCUCCCAUGCCUGCCUGUGGAAGUCGGGGAAGGGAAGAGUGAAAAGAUAUAGAGAAAUAUGAGCAAAUAAAACAUUCCCUGUUGGAUUUCAUUUUCGACCAGGCGGGAGUUAAAUAUCAGUAUAUCCACAUACAGAACCCCAUUGCUUUCCUUUUGCAGUCAAUGACUCUUUCGUGCUCCCAACAAUAAAUUCCAUUACAAAAUAAAUCGGAAGAAAUCCUCGAAAUCUUUAUGAGUGUCUGUUUAUUGCAAGAGCAAUGUGGAACCAGCAUCCAGGAUGAAAGCGUUCUGUUGCUUUCCCCUCCUGAAUGUGGAGAAACUGGGCUUUGCAGUCACAGCAGACUUUUUUU